AUGAUUGAAGAUUGCGAACUAGAUUAAAUUAUUGGUACGAGAAAUCAAUUCGGCCCCAACAGAUAUAUUGUAGUUUCGGAAUCGCUUUUCUUUGAAAGUUAUGAAUUAUGUAAAUCCUUUUACUAUUAAAUAGUUUAAUAAUCAGCAUAGUUAAUCAACAUUCAAAAGGAGAAUGAAAAGAAUUCAACGUUGGAAAAGAAUGAUCGUUUCAUCAUUUUUGCUACAAGUAUAUUAAGGCAACAAGCAUUUGAACAACAUAUGAAAUUUAAUUCAUAGCAAUUAGAGUAAUAUCGGUAAGGCAAUUAAGCAAGUGUUAUAAUCUCAACUAUAAAUAAAUUGAUAAAAGAAAAUAUAGAUCCUACAACUGCAAAAAAAAAAGAUGAGCUAAAUAAUUUUUAAGAUAAGAAUGAAGAAGAAAAAAAAAAAAUAGAGCAGUAAAGAAGAGAAGCUUUCAUUUAGGAAAAUUGCAUAAUUAUAAUAGAAUUAGAAUAAACUGAAAUCUAUGAAAUGAAGAAAAAAAAUUCUCAUAAAUUAUAGGCUGAGGAUUUUUUAAAAUUUUUAGAAACUAAAUCAAAGGAUAAUGUAGAAUUUUGGGAAAAUUAAAGCAGGCUUAGGCAAGUAUAUUCGAAAGAAAUAUCUAAAUUGAUGUACAAUCCUCAAAUUGACGAGACAUAUAUAUAUAUAACUAGAAGAUAAAUAUCAAUUAAUGAUAUUAGGAGUUAAUUUGAAUAACAAUUUUAAAUUAAGUAAAUUGUCGAUGAAAAUCAUCAGCAAGUUGAAGAACUUUAUUAAGAUAUUAUAAAUAUUCCAACUUAAAGAUAUGUCCCUUUAAUAAUUUAUAAUUAGUUAUUUAGAGACUAAGUUAUUAAUCCAAUACUUGAAUUAGCAAAAUAAAACAGAUAAGUGAGCUUUUAAACCAUUUAGACAUGUUUAGGUUUUGCAGAAUUUAAACCUAUUGAAGUAUUUCUAAAAUUGAUUGAAACUGUUGAAAAUUGCAGAGACAUAAUAAGAUGGAUUAAUUUAUUAUAAAGACAUUUAGAAGGCAAAUCCGUAUAAAAAUCAUCUGAAGCCGUUGGCGAUAAGGAUUAAAUAAUUUAUAAAGUGAGAGAGUAUUUAAUGAAAUCUUAUAAAUAAUUGGAUAAGAGAUUUCAGGACGAAUUUUUGGAUGCAAAGAAAGAAGACUCUUAUGAUAAAUUUUUAGUGAGCAAGGAUAAUAUGGAAAAUACCUAGUUCAGGGAGUAGUAGUAGGAGUAGAUUUUCUCAAACACUUACUUUAGUCUUGUGUUGUAUGAAAUCAAAGAAAAUUUCUUAAUGCUUUAUUAAAAUUUUAAAAUUGGAGCAGAAAGUUUCAAUGUAAUAGCAAAACUAGAAUUUUUUAAUUAAAAUAAAAAUGAAGAUAAUUUUCAAACUGACUAAGGCGAUCCUACUUCAAAAGCCAAAGGAAACAAUCCAGUUUAAAAAAAAAAACAAAAUGAACAACCUUCUAAAGACUAUCCUCCUUAAGCUGACCAUGUCGAUAUUAAUUAAAUUAGUUUGAUUGAUAAAGAGGAAGGAAAAACAGUUUAUACACUUAAAUUUUAAUUGAAAGAAGAGCAUUAAUAAUUAGUUUAAACUAAAAAUGAGUAAUAUAGAAAUCUAAUAAUGGAUGUUCUAAUAAGAACCGUUACCAUAAAGGUGAAGCAAACUAUGUAUAAUCCUUAAACUAGAAAGUUUGCAUUAAAAAUUACACAAUUUGUUGUAAUUUGA